AUGAAAAAGAUUGACUCCAACGAGGCUCAUUUUUCAAAAGUUUCGCUAGUUACUGCGGUUCUGGGUAUUCUUGGUAUAAGCCUUCACCAUUUUGCCUAUUAUCGUAAAGAAUCAAAAAAAAUCAUUGCAAUGAGCAUAGAGACUGCUCCGUAUACUGUUUCGAAAGCUUGGACUCAAGAAAAAGUUGAACUGCGUGAGUAUAACUCUUUACGAUGGGUUUGUGCCAUGAGUCAUGAAAGUUCAAUGGAUAAGGCAAGUAAAGAGUGCUUUUGGAAAUUGUUCAGGUAUAUUGGUGGGAAAAAUGCACAAAAGGUUAAAGUACCGAUGACUGCUCCAGUUACUAUUGAAAGUAAACCAGAUAAUCAGUCUGUCAUGAAAAGAUGUUUUACAAUGGGUUUUUACAUUCCUGAGGCGUUUCAAUCAAAUCCACCUGCUCCAACUGAAGACGGGGUAUUUAUAGAAACUAGACCAGCCAUGAAAGUUUACUGUUGUGCACUCAACUCAGCGUGACAGAAGUUUGAACAACAAGGAGGUAAAAUACAAACCUGAUACCUAUUGCAUCGGAACAACAAGUUAGAGUAGUGUAAACAAGAGUUCAUAUGGAAUUGACAUCGGUAACUUUUCGAUCUUCCUGUUCCUUCUGCUAACGUUUAUUGGUUAGAAAUGAAUUAAUUAGCAUGUUUAGAAUUAAGCUUAAACUGAGCAUUCGACCGUUAAAGUUCUAUUAUGUGCAUAAACUUCACUGCCAACCUAAUUCAAAUAAAUAGUUAUACCAUAUGUCGACUUUUUCAUUGCAAAUUCUGUAUCGAAAUUGAAGAGUCUGAUUGGUAUUAGCUAGUAUUUUUCUUUUUCUUUAUUUUAUUCUGUUAGUCGUUGUUGAAAUGUUUUGUACAAUGGUGUACCCACCAAGUAUUUUUACUUUUAAACUAUGGUCACUAUGAUUAAAAAAGUGCUAGAUCUUAGUUCUAAUCUCUUGACGUUUCAAAGAUGUUAAGCAUAGUAUCCUGCAUCCUUUAAAAUAACUAAAUUACUUUCAUGUAUACAGAGGCGUUGAACAAAACAAAACAAGUUCUAUGGUUCAUUUCAUAUAAAAAAAUAUAAGGUAUUUAAUUUACUUUGUAAUGGUAUGAGUU